CCGGCCUCCACAAAGCGCCCAUUGUCGGCCCGGGGCGGCGCGCCGCGGGGAUGGCGCCCGGGGCUCUGGGCCGCGGAGGCCGCUAGGCUCGCCCGCGGGGAGGCCCGGGGUUGGAGCGAGGCGGCGGGGGCUGUCGGGGCGGGGGGGGGAGGCUGGACGCCCGGAGCCCCGACCCCGCCGGCCCGGCCCUCUGCACCGCGGCCACCGGCCACCCCGCCCGCAUGGGCGCCGACCCGCUCCUGGCGCUGCUGGUCGCCGUCCUGCUGGCGCGCUGCCUUCUGUGGUCCUGCCUCGGGGCCUAUCUUGAGUAUAAGCUGGGCCGGAGGCAGCCCCGCAAGCCCAAGGAGGACUAGGCCCCGGUGCGAGCGCCGCGCCUUCCCGGGAGGACUCGGGCAGAGGGGCCGCGCCGAGGCUGAAGG